UUCAUCGAGUCACGACAAGAGGGAAAUAAUGAAUAUUUAUUAUCUAUUCCCUAUAUUUCGUUUCGGAGUUAGGUCAUUGCAUAUUGAGAAAAAAAUGACAUACCACAGCAAAUAAGAUUUAGAUAUACCUGAUAAACUUUUAAUUUUUAUACUUUAUGACCACUGAGUUCCGUGUACCUUUCUGCCGGAAUGUUGUUUUCUUUUCUUGCCUACUACAAUGCUGAUUUGUGCUGUAAGGUUUUUUGAGGCCUAAAACUGUCAAUGGGAGGAAUGUAGGAGAAUAGUUUGAAAACAGAAAACAGUAUUGUGUUGGAGAUUUUCUUCUUUGAAACUAUGACCUGUAACUGCUCCUCCGCGGCAAGAUUGCUGAAAUUGUACUUUAAUUCUGGACAGAAAGGUUUUGUGUACAGUGGCAUUUAUCUUUGUGCCCGUGGAAGAGCUAUUCGCUUUGAAAACCAAGUUACAAGAAAAAUACCUUUUAGGACUUUCUCAGAGACAUCAGCAUGCUUGGCUUCAAAAGAUGGUUCCGGAGAUGGAAACAAGAAAUCUGUAGGUGAUGGGGGAUCCAGAAAAUCAUCUGGUUCUGGAAAUUCAAGUAAAGGUGGAAACCAGCUGCGCUGUCCAAAGUGUGGUGACCCGUGUACACAUGUGGAAACAUUUGUUUCUUCUACUCGUUUUGUGAAGUGUGAAAAAUGUCAUCAUUUUUUUGUUGUUCUGUCAGAGGCAGACUCUAAAAAGAGCUUGAACAAAGAGCCCGAAUCAGCAGCUGAGGCUGUGAAACUGGCAUUCCAGCAAAAACCCCCACCUCCUCCUAAAAAGAUAUAUGCAUAUCUUGAUAAGUAUGUUGUUGGCCAGUCCUACGCAAAGAAAGUAUUGUCAGUGGCAGUGUACAAUCACUACAAACGAAUCUACAACAAUAUACCAACAACCCUAAGACAACAUGCAGAAAUUGAAAAGCAAGCUUCUCUUACUCCCAGAGAAUUAGAAAUAAGAAGACGGGAGGAUGAGUACAGAUUUACAAAGUUGCUACAAAUUGCGGGCAUCAGUCCACAUGGCAAUGCUUUGGGAGCAUCUAUGCAACAACAAGUUAAUCAACAGUUACCUCAGGAAAAACGAGGAGGAGAUGUUCUAGAUUUGGCAAAUGAUGACAUUAGACUAGAAAAAAGUAAUAUCCUUUUGCUUGGACCUACAGGGUCAGGUAAAACGUUACUGGCUCAGACCCUUGCCAAAUGCCUUGAUGUACCUUUUGCUAUUUGUGACUGUACUACAUUGACACAAGCUGGAUAUGUAGGUGAAGACAUUGAAUCUGUCAUUGCAAAGUUACUUCAGGAUGCCAACUAUAGUGUAGAAAAAGCACAACAAGGGAUUGUAUUCUUGGAUGAAGUUGAUAAAAUUGGCAGUGUCCCUGGUAUUCACCAGUUGCGUGAUGUUGGUGGAGAAGGGGUUCAACAAGGUUUGCUAAAAUUGCUGGAAGGAACAAUUGUUAAUGUUCCAGAGAAGAACUCAAGGAAGCUUCGUGGUGAGACAGUGCAGGUUGAUACCACCAAUAUUCUGUUUGUUGCCUCUGGUGCUUUUAAUGGCCUCGAUAGGAUCAUCAGUAGAAGGAAGAAUGAAAAGUACCUUGGAUUUGGAACUCCUGCCAACUUAGGAAAAGGCAGAAGGGCAGCAGCAGCUGCAGAUCUAGCUAAUACAAGUAAUGAGGCUAAUACCAUACAGGAAAAUGAAGAGAAGGAUCGUUUACUUCGACAUGUAGAAGCCAGAGACCUCAUUGAGUUCGGAAUGAUUCCAGAGUUUGUUGGCCGGUUACCUGUAGUUGUACCACUACACAGCUUAGAUGAGCCUACCUUAGUGCGUAUUCUUACAGAGCCACGCAAUGCUGUUAUUCCUCAGUAUCAAGCAUUGUUCAGCAUGGACAAGUGUGAACUGAAUGUGACAGAAGAUGCUCUCAAAGCCAUAGCCAGGUUGGCUUUGGAUAGGAAAACUGGUGCACGAGGCCUUCGCUCUAUUAUGGAAAAUUUGCUGUUGGAACCCAUGUUUGAAGUGCCACAUUCUGACAUCGUUUGUGUAGAAGUUGACAGAGAAAUUGUUGAAGGAAAGAAGUCACCUAUUUACAUUCGAGCCCCACCUAAGGUUUCAUCUGAAGAAGAAUAUGAUUCUGGAGUAGAAGAUGACAGAUGGGCGAGACAUGCAGAUGCUGCAAACAUCUGAAUACUGCACCACAUCAAAAUUCCCAUCCCACCCCACCUCGUUUGAAUAUAUAGUCUUCAUUCUUUAAAUGGUGUUAUAGUAUGAAGUAUGAUACAUGGUCUUACCUUGAGUACAUGUCAGACUGAUCAUGUACCUAGUUAUAAUAUAGCAGUGAUUUGCACACUGUGUAUUACACAGUUUCAAAACAAAAUUUUCAAAAGCAGUUCAUUAAAACGGAUUUUCAACACUUACUUCAUAAUAGUAAUGGUGUCCUUUCAGGUUAACCUGCUGCUUUAGAUAUAAUGGCUUGCUGUUGUAUCUAAACUAAGGACUGAUACAGUCAUAUGGCUUUAUAUUUUUUUGAGCGUUCUCUUGUGCAAAUUGCACUUACUUUGUAUAACACCUUGUGGAGCUGGAUUAAAUUACACGGUGUCCUAUAACCAGAAGAUUCUUUUGAGAGUAUAAGGGUACUGCACUUCAGAAAGUAAGGUAAAUGCAAUUCUGUUUCACAGAUUAAAAUGUUUACUGUCAAAAAUUGAAUGGUUCUUAGCACAGCAAAAUCAUUAAACUGAAGUGGUUGUAGGAUGGUACAUUUGUCAUUUUCAAGAAAAGCUAUUUAAUGUCUAAUUAUUUUUGAGAUUCUGAGUUGACAUUGAUUUAAUUUGUGCUAUGAACCCCAUUUUGACAUGAAAUACAGCAAAACAGUUUUCUACGGUUGGUCUCUCUUUGCCAGUCCACUCACUGUGUUGCUUUUCUGAGAGGGAGGAGAGAAAUCUAAGAAAAUACUUUUUGUCUGUCAGUUUUUUUUGCGUUAUGAUGCUGUAUCAGAUUGUGGCAUAAUUUAUUACAAUAUUUGGUUUGAUUUGAUACUAUAAAUUGCAUUUGCUUAGAAAAUUCAUUGCAGUGGUUGCACUGUGGGCAUUGCCAUUUGUUCAAGUUCUGAGUUUUGCAUUGUGUUGAGGUCAAAGAAUGUGUUUUUUUCCUGUACAGAUAUGUCUUUUAAUAGCUUCACUUUUUGGAAGAUUGGUUUUCCACCUGGAUUUCUUCAAAUUCCUUUACUGCUGUAGUUGUAUCAAUUUGCCUAAUCUGCCUUGGAAGGAUGGAAGGAGGGGGCUGCCUUAAUGUAUUACAAGUUGGUUCACAGGAAGGAAAUGCCUUUUAUUACUUGAGAGGAUUUUCAUCAUUACUUUAAUAUUUUCCCUUACUGCUUUUCUUGCCCUUGUUUGAAGAAAUUGCAUUCUUAUUCCGUGAAGCAAUUGCAUUGUUUUUUGCUAGUUUUUCUUAGGAUUAACCCCCCCCCCACACACACACACACACACACACACACACACAAACACAAAGGUCCCUGGGAGCCUUUCUUUUCAGUAGUCCUUUCAAUAGUCUGUCACCCUGUUUUAGUGAAAUUAUUCUUAACCUCUCUAAAUUGUCAUAUAUUCCAUUUUCUUUUCUUUUUUUUUUUUUUAAUUGGGAACUGCAUUUGUAUUAAAAAAUGCACUGUACUUUCACUUUAGAAGAAAAAAUGUAUAUAGUUGUUAACUGGGAUCAAGCACAUAGAUCCAUUUCAGGUUCAGCCCAAGAGCACCAUCUGGUUAUAUGGGUCAAGCAAAUGGAGACUGCAGGAAUCAAACGCAGGACUGCUACAGGAUAGUGGUACAUCAGCCACAGUCUUCAACCUCUGCUACAAAUGUAACUUUUUAUUUCAUAUGUAUGAAAAUAAUUAUUGCUUAUUUUUUCAAAGUGGAAAUCUCGGAACUGAAGGAGAACUUUGUCUAUUAAUAUCAUUGCUAAUGGUCAAAGCAUUUAACCAUGCAACUGCUUGUAGUUACAUGUACAUGAUUCUGUUCCACUUGUUGCCUAAAAAAUCUUUAAUGAUCUCUCUGAAAUUGGGACAUUGUAGAAUGUGUAAAUAAAGGAAAGCAGAAAAAUAAAAUUGAUUCAUUCUUA